AACUGGCUCAAAUAUUUGUAUCAAAGAAUUUUGUUUAGUUUCUUAAUGUAAAAAAAUAAGAAAUAGAAAAAAGAAAAAAAAAAGGUGAAAAAUUCAUGUACAUGAUUCUGUGAUGAAAGGUUUGAUCCAUUCUUUAUUUCUUUGCAUGUUCUUAGUCAAUUACGAUUGUUGGACAAACAAUAAAUUGUCCUGAAGAGUAGGUUAAAAUCAUUAUCAAGUGGAUGUUGAAUAUUACACAACUAAUUUACACAGCCAUGCAUGUCAACAGAUCUUUGAUAACAUAGGACAUCAAUAUGACUUUUCAAACGACUUUUCAAUUGAAUCCUAUUCAAUCUAAGACAUUUUGCAUCAGUCAUUUGUAUUCAUCUGUGUUCAUCACUCAAAUCUGUAGUGCUAAGUAAAGAAACACACUUUCAAUCUCAUGUAUCUAAUGAUUUGAUCUCGAAUCUUGAGUUAGUAACAAUGAUCCUUGUAGUUGUUCUUAUAUUAGCUGUGCAUACCUUAGCUCAAAAUGAAACACACUUCAUUUACAAUGGUUUCCAAGGAUCCAUCAAUAAACUUCAUGUUGAUGGGAUCGCGACUGUUCUUCCAAAUGGUCUUCUCCAAAUGACUAACUACUCGAUCCACAAAACUUCCCAUGCUUUCUACCCGCAUCCUGUCACCUUCAGACCAAAUCGUAUAUCAUUUUCCACCACUUUUGUUUUUGCAAUGACUCCUCAAGUUCCAAAUCAUUCCGGCCAUGGAAUUGUUUUCGUUAUCAGUCCAACCACUAACUUCAACGACACACUCCCAUCCGCGUACAUAGGACUCUUUAAUCCUUCCACUGAUGGCCUUCUUACUAAUCAUAUAGUUGCAGUAGAAUUAGACACUGUCCAAAAUGCUGAUGUUGAUGAUAUCGAUGGCAAUCAUGUUGGGAUUGAUAUCAAUAGCCUCAAAUCUGUUGAUGCUGCUUCAGCAGCAUUCUACUCUGACGAAGAAAGGGUGAACAAAACCCUGCAGCUUAAUAGUGGCAAACCAAUGCAAGUUUGGAUAGAGUACGGCGAGGUAGACAUGCUGUUGAAUGUAACAGUUUCUCCAUUAAGUUAUCCAAAGCCUAGCAAGUAUUUACUUUCAAAGCACCUCAAUCUUUCUAGCAUACUCCUUCAUUCCAUGUAUGUCGGUUUCACUUCUGCUACUGGCCUUGUAUCAAAUUGUCAUUACAUACAAGGGUGGAGCUGGAAUCAAAAUGGGAAAGCGCAAGAUUUAGACCUUUCCAAACUUCCAUCACUACCAAAAAUCAAACAUCAUAUUAAAAAAAAACAGCUUAUUAUAUUUGUAGUUCUACUUGCUGUACUUUUGAUGUUUUUAGUAAUGAUUAUUGCGGCUGUUUGGUUUCUUUGGAGAAAAAAGUUUGAAGAAUUGCUUGAACCUUGGGAAAAGGAAUACGCCCCUCACAGAUACUCAUUCAUGGAUCUUUAUGUAGCAACAAAAGGUUUUAAGAACUCUGAGCUUCUUGGAGUUGGCGGUUUUGGGAAGGUGUACAAGGGUGUGUUACCUUCAAUAAAUCGCCAAGUUGCUGUAAAACGAGUCUCUCAUGAUUCUAAACAAGGGAUGAAAGAAUUUGUUGCAGAGAUCUCUAGUUUGAGAAAGCUAAGGCAUAGAAACUUGGUACAGCUCCUAGGCUACUGCAGAAGAAAGAGGGAGCUUCUUCUGGUGUAUGAGUAUAUGCCAAACGGGAGCCUAGACAAGUUCCUCUUUGACAAGGAUGGUAAAUCAAAUUUAUGUUGGUCCUCGAGAUUCAACAUCAUUAAAGGGGUGGCCUCUGCCCUUUUAUACCUUCAUGAGGAGUGGGAACAAGUUGUCCUGCACCGAGAUGUGAAGGCAAGUAAUGUCCUGUUAGAUGCUGAUAUGAACGCGAGGUUGGGUGACUUUGGUCUGGCUAGACUAUAUGAUCACAACAAUGAUCCUCGAACCACUAAUGUGGUAGGAACCAUUGGGUACAUUGCACCUGAAGUCAGUAGAACACAAAAACCUACCACCAGUUCUGAUGUGUUUGCUUUCGGAAUGUUUCUACUUGAGGUCGGUUGUGGGAGGAGGCCAUCAGGCAAGCAGUCUGAUAAUGAUGCAGAAGACUUUUUCCUCAGUGAUUGGGCUUAUGAUUGUUGGAAAAGGGGGGAAAUUCUUAUGGUAAGUGAUCCUACAUUGGAAGGAAAUUAUCAGGAAAAAGAGAUGGAACUAAUAUUAAAGUUAGGCCUUCUCUGUUUGCAUCCUAAGGCAGCAGAAAGGCCUACAAUGAGACAUGCUGUCAUGUUUCUUGAUGGAAGUGCAACUUUGCCUGACAUACCAUCUGAAUACGACCCUGAAAGCGGAAUUUACUUUGGGGAAGUUUGGGGAAAUUCAGGUUCAUAUCCAUCAUCAUCUGGAACUGCCUCUCUCACGUUCAUGUCUAGCUCGAAUUCAGUCCUUCAACGUGGCUGUUGAAUCAUGUAUUUCUAGUGUACUAGCUGUUAGAGUACUAGUUCAGAUAUUUAGUCUACCUUGUUAAUGAAUUGGCGUUAGUUAUUGCAAAAAUGUUAGGUUAGUAACUAUAACAUGCAAUGUUAGUUCUUGCAAUAUUGUUGUGUAACUCUAAUAUGCAAUGUCAGUUUGUUGGAUCAUGUUUUAUUUUGUGCUA